GUGUUUGAACUUUACAGCUGUGCUCUCACUCCAGAUGUUUCUUGAGGUCAAAUUUCUCGCGCGGGGCGGAACUGAGGAACAGUGAGUCCAAAAACAAGCAGAGAUCCGCUGCAUGGACAUAUAACACUCAUCUCUACACAACAGCCAUCUCUAUACACUUCGAUUAACAGCACAGGAUAAGCAAAUAUGGCGGAAGAAGGUGAGAUGGAGAGUAUUACCGCUAAUGCCCUCAACACAGGGGGUGAAACAGGAGCACUAAUGGAGGUCAAGUUUCAGAAAAAACCCGAUCAAACCCAGAAGUACCUGGAGGCAGAACCAAAAGCUUUAGGGGUAACACAGAUUAUGCUGAGUCUCUACAUCAUGGGUACCAUAUUUUGCCAUCUGAACACUGAUGUUGACCUCACACUCACACUCAUCCUCAAUCCUAUCUGUUCUUCAGCUAACAUAAUAGCUGGUAGUGUGGCAAUAGCAGCACAGAAUCUUGACCUUACUACACUAAAGGCCUGCUUAGGGAUGCAGCUUGUGGCAUGUGUGAUGUCAGUGAUCAGCUUUUUGAACAGCUUGGGUAACGCUGAGGGUUAUGAUGUCUUUCACAUCUGCUGGGAGAGCUACUUAAAUGGCACAUCACAAACAGACAUGUGUGAGAGGCUGUUGGCCAUCUAUCAGCCUCUGAACGGAACAGAGUGCCUCAUGCAGGUGACCCAGAUUGCUCUCUCUGCCACCUUGGCUGCCUUCUGCUGCAAAGUUAUUCAGUGCUGCUCACCAAGGACCAGUGUUCCUGUUGUUGUGGUGAACGCACCCCCAGGUCCACAAUGAUAGCAGAGUCGCAACCCAUUUAACUCGAGUUUUGUUUUAUACCCACAUGCAUAAUAAAUGUACGUAAAGUACUCACAUAUUUGAUAUGUAUAGAGCCUAAAGGCAACAAACGUAGUUAUAAGACAAUACAAUAAUGUAUGUUGAAUGUGGGCGGCACGGUGGUGUAGUGGUUAGCGCUGUCGCCUCACAGCAAGAAGGUCCGGGUUCGAGCCCCGUGGCCGGCGAGGGCCUUUCUGUGCGGAGUUUGCAUGUUCUCCCCGUGUCCGCGUGGGUUUCCUCCGGGUGCUCCGGUU